AUGUCCACCGAGCAGACGCUUCAUUGCUAUCAAGCCCGAUGGCGUCCAGCGUGGCCUCGUUGGUCCCAUCAUCUCUCGCUUCGAGAACCGUGGCUACAAGCUCGUUGCCCUGAAGCUCGUCACCCCCGGCGAGGAGCACCUCCAGAAGCACUACGAGGACCUCAAGGACAAGCCCUUCUUCCCUGGUCUCAUCAAGACAUGUCCUCCGGCCCCAUUGCCGCCAUGGUCUGGGAGGGCCGUGACGCCGUCAAGACCGGCCGUGUCCUCCUCGGUGCCACCAACCCCCUUGCCUCCGCUCCUGGCACCAUCCGCGGUGACUUCGCCAUCGAUGUCGGCCGCAACGUCUGCCACGGCUCCGACUCUGUCGAGAACGCCAAGAAGGAGAUUGCCCUCUGGUUCAAGCCUGAGGAGCUCAACAGCUACAAGGCUGCUGCCUUUGACUGGGUCUACGAGAAGGCCUAA